UUUCUUUUAUCAUGAGCCCCGCGUCAAAGUUUACAAAGGCAGGGGGGCGAUGAGUGAACCUCUGAAGAGAGCCAACAGGUUGCGUCUUCACGAUCCACUGGAUGAGAAGCCAGGCGUGUUUGCACGUGUGGCGAUCAACAGCUCCGGACGGGUCGGGAUGACUUCCAAUUGCAUUAAGUGUGUAAUUGGCACCAAAGAGAGUCCGGUGUUGGAGAGGAAGGAUACAAGCACUGUUUCUUCCAGGCCUGAAAGGCCUUGUCGCUCUCCAACAGCUUCCAGACAGGUUCAACCUGAGCCCAGUCUUAAACCACAUGUCUUGGCCCGAACAAACUCUAAGCAAAAAACAGACCUUGAGGAUCAAGUCAAACCCGUACCAUUACCUAGAUCAAAUACAGAGGUCCGGCAAACAUUAGGUGCUGCAUCUUUCUGCCCCUUUGAGGACCCGUCUGCAAGAAAUGCUCGCUCGUGUAGCGUUCCACGCCGACUCUUCCGGUCCACCCCACCUCCCCCAAUACCAGACAGCAAAACUAGGCUUUGUCGGCAAUGCCCCGCCCCACCCGACUAUGGUAGCAACUUUAUCGUGUCUACGUUUGUGAAUGAUGUCAUCAGCCUGUCUGACAGUGAUUCAAGUAGCUGUGACAGUUUGGCCAGUCUUGAUCUACCUGCCAUAUUCCCACCACGGGGAAUGGAGAACCGAAGGCGGGCCGCAGGGACACUGCAGCGUGAGAUGAAUGCCCUGUUUGCCCAGAAAAUGGAGGAGAUCCGCAGUAAAUCACCCUUGUUUUUCACCGGUAAGAUGUAGUUUGUAGCUAGAUCCCAAAUUUCAGAACUAGGGUAGAUCUCAAUAGGUUGUGGUGUUAAAUACCCUUACCCGCUUUGGACUGUGGUGUGGAUCAUCUUGUCUAAUCUCCAAGAAGACUCUGCAGGAUCCCCAGGGAUAAUCUUACUUAUUAAAGAAUCUCUUUGGAUGUUGACUGGUGAUCUCCUCUUGACUUCCUGCGUCCAUAAAUCAAUAAAGCACUAAUAAUGUAAAAGCACACACCUGAAACAUUGAGGAAUCAAACCGUUUCACUGUGAUGUAAUCAAUUCCUGCAGAAAUUGUACAGUGAGGUUUUAUCAAAAGUUAAACGGAUCAUACAUCACAGUCAUUAGACCUUCUUUGAAACCAGAGAGGUUUUUUAUUCCGAUUUAAAGGAUAGUUACAAACAACAUAGCCCAUGGAAAAAGACAAAUCCCCUCUGUUCCCCCGCACUGAGACUGAGAUUUAAUGGGCACACAUUAUGCCCAUCUUUACCAGAUGUAUUUUCGGAUAUCCGCAAGUGAUGCGCCGUGAUGCGUGGCCAAGAUGGCGACGGCAGGCAACGCCUACUUUAAGCUUAAAAAACGAUCUUCAUAAACCAAUGGGUGAAGUCAUGGACACUACAGUCUAUGUCCCUUACCAACAGGCAGUGAGCGCUUACAGUUAAAAUAGAUCUGAUUAUUAAUAUUAAGAUAUUAACAGUAGUAUCUUUGGAUGCAUUGGUGCAACAUGAUAACAAACACAUUUAGAAAAGCUUUUGGGUAAAAUUAAGCAGUCAGUGAGUGCCCGUUGGCAGGGUUUUAUCAGUGUGACAUCACAUUAACAAGGGAAUCAAAACAGCAUGGUUUAAUGGGGAUUAAGCAACAUUGUUGGUUGUGUUCUCACACUGCCAACUUAAAUUUAUGUUUAAACACCUUGUAAAAGUGUAUUUUGCACUGAUAUGUGUCCUUUAUAGGCAGGGUGCGUGAUCUCUGAAAGCCAGUGUUGAUAUUUAAAAUCACCUAAACAAACACGCCCCUACCCCAAUAGAAUCUGGACCUUCUUUUGAUAGACCCGCCCCACACAUACUCAACCCAGGCAACGAUGUCGGUUAGUAGACACGCCCCUUACUGCUUAUUGGCUACAAGUGUGUUUUGGUAGUCGGCCUGACUUCCUUUUCCAAAGUGUUUUUCAAAAACCACGCACCACGCCUUUAAGGAAAGGCAAAAUGAGAGAUUUGCUGUUCAUAUGAGAAAAACAAAAGUGUCUAAUUUGAAUGUAUUUUUAAUGUAAAUCCUUAACAUUAGUAGAGUAUGUGUAGGAACCCUGUUAGUAAAAGUGUAAAUGUUUGGUUGUAAUGCAGAAAAGUGCUGAUGUGAAAGUCACAAGACUUUGGGUUCCUGUCCCACACAUUUGUACUAACACAAAGCAGAUGGUCGGCUUUCACCACUGGGACAAGUCCAGAUAUCACGAGUUUUACACACUGGGAAUAUUCUCUGAAUGAGGAGCAUUUAUGAUAUCCAGAUGUGUAUUAGUAUUCCUAAAGAUGUUAUCCACAUGAUCUAAGCUCUAACACUUUAACAAUGGUAAAAGAAAAAAAAAUAAUGCCAUCCUUAUACCUUUAUCUUUUCAAAACCUGAACUUUCUUCUGCUGAAUGUGAGCUUGUUCUUAAUUCUGGAAACUAAAUGAAAUGGGAACUAUGUGAAUAUAAAUCUUUUUGUAUUUCACAGAAAAAAGUCAUACGAGACUGUUCAUUUUCUUAUGAUCAAUAUCUACAGUAUAAGUGUAUAUUUAUAUGUUAAUCUUUCCAUGCCCAGAUUCUUUAUUGUGUCUAGAAAUGUAAAAUGUUUUGUCUGUAGAUUUUUUCCAGGUUUUCUCCUUCCUCUUUAUUCUGUUUUCUCCUCUUUCCUUCUGGAUUUCUCUUGUUAAAAUGUCUGUUUGUUCCUUCCCGCAUGCUUUCU